ACGGCAAGCAGAGUAGGUCAAAAGGAUCGCUGGCGGAACGAGAGGAAAGGGGUUAGUGGGUUUUGUCUCCUACUCCUUCCCCCCUCCCGUAUUUUGGCUCCGAUGUACUGGAUAAGGGUGAAUUCGAUGAGUGGGGACAUUGACAAGUCCUGAUUCCUCAGGAUAUGAGUUCACCAACACAGCUCCCCACUUGAAACUGUCUUCAUGGAUUCCUGAGGGGUCCUUCGGUAAUGGAAGAACUACAUCUUUCAGAUCAGGAGUCUUGGUAUUUGGGAUUCCCUAUAUAGGGAGCAGUAGCAAAAAUUAGUGCCUUUCAAGACAGUGAUGGCUGUUCCUCUUGAAUGGGAAUAUGGAGGCCGCAGGGACAGAUGAAGUUGAGAAAAUAAAAUCAAAAUUUAUGUCUGCAUGGCACAAUGUGAAAUACAGCUGGGUAUUGAAAACAAAAACUUACUUUAGCAGAAAUUCUCCUGUCUUUUUGCUGGGAAAAUGUUACCACUUCAAGACUGAUGAACCAAGUGAACUGUCACAAAAUGGAUCAGAUUAUGAUAUUAAUGAUGAAAUAAUUUCUAGAAAUGUUGAAGAGUUCCGUAAAGACUUUAUUUCUAGAGUAUGGCUGACAUACAGAGAAGAAUUUCCGCAGAUCAAAGGCUCAGCAUUAACAACCGACUGUGGCUGGGGUUGUACCCUCAGGACUGGCCAGAUGCUUCUAGCUCAAGGACUUAUUGUUCACUUUCUUGGCAGAGACUGGACCUGGCCAGAUGCAUUGGUCAUUGAAAAUUUAGAUUCUGAAUCAUGGACCAGCUAUACAGUAAAAAAGCUCACUGCAUCACUUGAAGCAUCAUUUACAGGCGAGAGAGAAUGCAAGGACCAGUUAAACCAUCAUAAAAAAGUCCCAAAAGAGGUUUGGAAAAACAGAGAAAUGAAAGAUGAACACUGCCACCGAAAAAUAAUCUCUUGGUUUGGUGAUUCCCCACUUGCAAAUUUUGGCUUGCAUCGACUGAUAGAAUAUGGAAACAAAUCUGGAAAAAUAGCAGGAGAUUGGUAUGGGCCAGCUGUUGUAGCACAUCUUUUAAGAAAAGCUGUUGAGGAAUCAAGAGACCCUGAGUUACAAGGAAUUACAGUGUAUGUUGCUCAAGACUGCACAGUUUACAAAUCUGAUGUUAUUGACAAACAGUGCUCUUUCACGGAUCCUGAAAAAACAGAUACCAAAGCUGUAAUUAUAUUAAUUCCUGUGAGACUUGGUGGUGAAAGAACCAACAUGGAAUAUCUAGAGUUUGUGAAGGGAAUUUUGAGUCUUGAGUACUGCAUUGGUAUUAUUGGCGGCAAACCUAAGCAGUCAUACUACUUUGCUGGAUUUCAAGAUGACAGUUUGAUUUACAUGGAUCCUCAUUACUGCCAGUCUUUUGUAGAUGUCAGCGUAAAGGAUUUCCCCCUUGAGUCAUUUCACUGUCCUUCACCCAAAAAGAUGUGUUUUAAGAAAAUGGAUCCUAGCUGCACUAUAGGGUUAUAUUGUCAAAAUGUGCAGGACUUUGAGAGGGCAUCUGAAGAAAUAACUAAGAUUCUGAAAUCCUCUUCUAAGGAGAAAUAUCCCUUGUUUACCUUUGUAAAUGGACAUUCUAGAGAUUAUGAUUUUGUGAUGAGUCCAGUCCGGGAAGAGAGAACCCUUUUCUCUGAGGAUGAUAAUAAAAAACUGAAACGUUUUAGUACUGAGGAGUUUGUCUUGCUGUGAGAACAUUUUUUGCUAGAGUAUUGGCAGCUUUCCAGGAGACCAUUUACCCUUUGAAAAUACAUGGACAAACAACACCGACCAUGGUAUAUUUUCUUGAUGUUUUAAACUUUGUUAUGUAGUUGUAGUCUUGAAGUGCCCAUUGUAAAUGUAUAAAAUGAAUUAUUUUCCUUGAUGGUAGAUGAAUAUAAUGAAACAUUCUGGUAAAGACAGAUGAUACUGUACCAGUCUAGGUAUAAUAGUAUUUGAUGUUGUGCCAGGCUUGCUCACAAGAUGCUUUAUGCUAUUUUAUGUAGAUUCUAGCCAUUCCAGAUUCAUUUCAGUUCUUGACAACAGCCUGAUCACACGAUUCAUUACAUUUAGGCUGAUUUAUUUGUGAUAUGCAGCUCUGGAAGGUUUGUGGUAUAUCAGUUCUCCAAAUAUUGUGGCAAACACUGAUUUGGCUGCAUCAGUCAACCUUCUUGAGGGCAACCAUAUACCCGAGGGCCUCUGUGAAGUGGCCCAAUAUAACUUGUUUGGCACGUUUGCCAUAUUCAACCAAGUCUGGUGAGAGCAAGUGCUCAAGAUACCUUCUUGUUUGUAACUUAAGUUUAACUUCAAGCUAGAACUAGUUAAUAAAACCUAUUGUUUAGUUUGUUUUUCUGCCUGAGCCCUGAUAUUGCUUAAUAAUCAUGAAAUUCCAAGCUCACAAUGCAUUUUGCUCAGAGAUGUAUCUCUAUCAGCAGUAUUUUUUAAUAGUAAUACUGAUGCAAUUAGGUAAGCAGAGUAGCGAGUUAAGGUGCUGUUUAGCAAUAUGAUCUUAUAAUGACUACUCAUUAAGCUUGUAGUUGAACCUUAAUAGGAGGAGGUAAUAAUGUAUUGGCUUCCCCCCCACCCACAAUUUUAAAAGGUAUGUUACUAAUAUUAAAUUGCAACCAAUCAUAAUACACAAAAACAAUUAUUAGAUGUGAGCUGAAUUUUGUUUCCUGUAUCCAAAUACAAUUUGGAUGCCUACAUUAUUAACAGUGUAGCUUUUAAAUAAAAGCAUUUCACUAUAGAGUUGGGAGACAAUAGCAAAUUGGCUUGGAGGUAAUAUUCUGUUUCGUGAUAUUUCUUGUUACUGUUCAUUUACAAGUACUAAUCAUCUAAUUUUCAAUAGAGACCUAAUAUAUAAAUUUUUAACAGCAGAAACAGCAUACAGCAUGUGAACAUAAUGGAAAAGAUAACUAUUGCUUUAAUAAAAGGGUGAAAAUA